AUGGAAUAUUUGGAGAAUGCACCAUUAGAACCUGGAUGUCCUACCUUCGAGCGGUCAGUCAUAAAGAAACUUGAUGCUCGGGUUAUAGAUUCUGUGAUGAAAUGGCCUCAACCAAGCGUUCUCGGUGAACUUUGGUACUCCUGGUCUCGAAAUAAAGCACAUAACUGGACUGUAGAGGAAACUGUACAUUGGCUUACAAGUUACGCCAAACUUCCGGAAUAUGAAUAUUUGCUUCAGAAAGGAAAUAUUUCAGGAAGCAUUUUUCCUCGGAUUUUCGAACCAAACGUUUGGGAAGCCCAUAACUUCAACAAUGUAAAUUCAUUGCAUUCUGGAUUGACUAAUCAUGUAUCAAAUGUUAAUCUUUUUGGUUCUCCUGAAAGGAGUCCUAGUAUUUAUCUGAUUGUAGGCGUUUUAAUGCUGUUUGGGUUAUGGUUUACAUCCAUGCUGACCAUUUGCUUUGUUCGUAUUCUUUUAAAACCUGGAAAAUCAACUCUUAAACAUGAUGGUUUAUUAAAGAGUCGAAAGAUUCUACAAGCACUUGAGAAAAACUUAUCCCAUCAGGUAGAAACUUAUGAUCUAAAAUCGCUUAAUGUUAUUAGUUCAUAUGACAAUAAUGAUGAUUCAGAUCAUCUAAAUUGGAAUGAAGUCAACAAAAUUCUUGGCCAGUCGAAAAUCAAUGUGUUUUUCUCCAAUACUCAGUUAUCAGCACUUGUUAGUUUGCUUCACGAAAGUUACAUUAUAGAAACAAAAUAUCUAUUAAAAAAAAUCAGUGGAACUGCUCAAAAGCUUUCAGUUGCCGAAGAUCUAUAUAUCAAAUCACAAACCAAGAAAUGUCUGUUAAUAUUUCCAUGUUACAGCAAGAAAUGUAUAGAUAAAGAAAUGUAUAUGGUAAUGAAUAGAGUAAAAAAUAAGGUUUCCGAUCUAAAACAUGAAGUAAUAACUCAUAACAGACGAUGGCGUUGCAUUUUAGCGGUUUUACAUAACUCAUGUACUAGGUUUUCUGGGUUCUAUAAUGUAAAUGAUAUUUCAACCAGUUCUGACUCUUUCAAAACAACCUUCGAAUGUAAGGAAUCAGAAAAUCCUGAACAAGUUCAGUCAUUUUUUAAAGAUACUUGUGACAGUAAAAAUGAAAGUCAUGCGAAAUUGGAUAAUUUCGCUACCGAGUUUUUCGAAAAUAAAAAUAAAUUCAUUUCACCUGGUGAGAACGAAUCAGUCACUGGGAUGUGUAAUAUUGAUGAGGAUUUUCCUGGGGAUCCCAGGAAUAUAUCGAAAAAUGAUGUUCCUGAUUCUUAUGGUGAUAAUCCACAGAUGGUCGAUGCAAAUAAACAAACCUACUCUAAUCUACAUUCUACAAAAAUUCCUACUUUCAUUCAUUUUUCACUUUCAUCUCAGAAAACAUCUAGAAAGUGGAAGUCUGGCUGUGUUCAAAAGAAGCAUAUUUUUCAGCAUGUAUAUGGAAGCGGGUUAUCUGCUCUUUCAACCAAACACCGCUCUGGCAACAUUUCUCAAAAUGGGAAAUUAAGAAUACCGUUUGAAGGUUUUACUAACACUACUAACCCUGCCACUGGGAUACGAAUACCCGAGUCAAUUAAAUUCUAA